UCAACCUAUAUAUACACGCGCCUAUUCAGGCAGCAAAAUUAUUUUUCCUUCUCAAAUGAUCGGUAAGCGAUCGGCGCGAUCAGAAUGCCACCGGCGUCAACGGCUCGCGGCUCCGCUUAUCUCAACGCGCUCGCCGUUGAGAUUGAGAAGAAGCUUCAACGUGCGUUAGCUUCGGCAACGCAGAGGCGAAAUUUGUUGCAAGAGUUGUUUGCGGACGUAGCUCUCGAAGUAGAUGAUCGUGCAAAAGAUAUAAUUUUUGGUGAGGACGGUGCCAUUUCUGUGGCUGAUGAUGGGUAUGGAGGCCCUUUAUGCUUUUAUGACGUGCUUUCUGAUCAUUUCAUUAGCAUGCCUGAGAGUGGGAAAUCAAUCCUUGAUUUGAUUGUGCAACUUUGGAGCCAGUCAUUUGCAUCUAAUAUUUUCGCUCUGCUGUUCCACAAAUGGCUGUUUGAGGUUCAGCUUGAUAAUCCUGAGGUCCUAUUGCGAUACUCCUCCGCUCUUGUCCAAGGUGCUACAAAUGUCUUCUGGAUUGACAUCCAAACAAAUACACGCCGUUUCCAGAGUCUAUUUAAGUAUCUCCUUGAGGAAGUAGCUAUACAAUCAGAGAGAUUGACGAAACUCCCCAUACAGGCUCAGCGAAACCUGUUUCUUCUCCUGUCAAGAUUCAUUUUUUUCUACAAUGCAGUUGACAAGCUUGAAAGCUUUUUGAAGCAGUUUCCUGAUUACCCCAAUGCUUUCUUGGUUGGUGGCGCCCCAGAUAUAUUUAUCACUGAACUAGCUGAUCAGCUUCAGAAGUUAAAGGUGGAGCCUGUACUUCUGCACUACCUCUCUCAAAUAAAAGUUCUCCAAGGUGUAGAACUUAGAAUGGCAACUAGUACAAAAUUAAAAACUUGUCUCUAUAGCUUCACAUCUCCCGGUGGCCCUAUGUAUCCAACAAGAGCUGUUCGUCAUGCUGCAUGGGACGCUUUAGAUUUUCUCUUCCCUGUUGGCAGAUACCCUCGGCAUCUAAUAAGUCUGUUUUUCCGCUUGCUGUAUCCGUGGUACUGGCCCUCGUCAUGUUGGAACUUUGUAGUUUCUUGUAUACAAGCUGUGUUCUAUUCUGUGUUGAGAUUGAUAUUUUCUAGAUGGGAAAACCUGAUAAAACCAAGACGAUCAUAAACUAGAUGCAUACAUACGUUUGGAACUUGUGUGGAAGGGUUGCUAUUGUGUAACGGUAACCUUUCAUUUAAAUCCGUUGAUUCCUUUGGAGAAGAGUUGUAUUCUGUAAAAUAUGUUUCUGUAAUGAAAUAGUUUCCGUUGAGACAA